AUGGUUGCAUUUGGUUAUGACUGCAAGUGUAAUGAUUACAAGCUAUUCGCUGCAGGCUCAACAAGUUCACGUAAAAUGUUAUUCGACAUGUAUUCGGUUGCAUUAAAUUCAUGGAAAAGCAUUGAAGAGGUACCUUAUGGGUUUCCUGAGGGCUUCAAAUCUGGAGUGCUUGUUAAUGGAAAUUUCCAUUGGUUGGCUGAUAGGCCAGAAGAUUGUUCUGGUUUUCUGGUCUCUCUAGACAUCAGCAACGAGAUUUUCAAAGAAAUGGAACUACCAAUAGAAAAUCUGGAGGAUGACCUUUAUUUUUAUGAGGUGGGGGUGUUGGAAGGGUGCCUUGGUUUACUCGAAGACCUUUAUGAUGAUCAUGUUAGAUUAUGGGUAAUGCAGAAUUAUGGAGUUGGAGAUUCUUGGACUGUCCGUUAUACUUUCAAGGAUCAUAGAAUUUUAAAUCGCGACGUGAGGCUUACGUGGUCUUUUAAAAGUGGCGAGAUUUUAUUGGGGGGUGUUGGUACUUAUGGUCUACUUGUAUGUGAUCCAAAAUAUGGAAGAAAUAGAGAGCCAAACGUUUCACGUUCACGCUUGUACCAACAGGAGCUUUAUUUUGAAAGCUUAGUUUCACUCAAGUCGAGUACUUAUGUGGAUGGAAAAGAAGAAAUAGAGGAACCAAAUAAGAAGAAGACGAGGAACUGA